AUGACUCCUGCAGCAACUUGGUGCCAGGGCCAGACAAACACUUGCCGUGUCCUCUGCAAUGCCGACGCUGCUGUAAACGAAUGCACAGAGUCGGACCUCAAAUGGAAAUGCACUUGCAAUUCGAACAGCUCGACACCCGGUAUUCAGUACUACAGGCAGACCAUGCCAUUCUACAUUUGCCAGGAGGUGUUCAAGAAGUGUAUCUCUCAGAACGCUGGUAACGCCCAAGGUCAGGAUACGUGCAACAACAACAUUCAGCCUCUCUGCGCCACAAUCGACCCUCCUAAGAGCCCUGUUAAGGACAGCGGCAGCGAUGGCUCCUCUUCCACUGCCACCACAGGUGCCUCCCAGCCCUCUAAGACGAGUGGUGGCAGCACCCAGGUGACUUCUACCAGCUCCAAGGGUCUUGCUGGCCCUACCUUGGCCCCUGUGGGCAAUGGUGCCUUUGUUGCUGCCAUGGGCUUGAUGGCUUAUCUGCUCUAG